AUGCCAUACACAAGUACAAGUCUUCGAGAUGCCCUCCUCGUUUACCGAGAGGCCAGGGUUCGAGAGAUUCUGUCCGGGCCCUCGACAAACGCUCAGCGCCACCUACGCAACGAUUAUAGCCUACGUCAAGUGGUUCCUAGCUCGACCCUUAGACAUGCUGUCAGCUGGCAGGAGGAUGAGUCUUCCGCGGAUGAAUACAAUCCUACGCAGUCCAGAAAGCGCCGGGUCCCGGCGGCGGCCCUGAAGACGCCCAAGAGAGCCAAGAGAGUGCAUACCACCACUAGAAGCGAGCAUCUACAGCAACAGAGCACAGCGCAACAGGAUAUCCCUUUACCUGGUCUAUUUGUCACCUUGAAAUUCAAAUCGGAUACUGCCAAAAAGAUGCUCCGGGAUCUCGCGCAAGAGCAUGGAACAGGAUGCGUAUCAGUCUUGGCCGACCGUGGAAUGAAACAUGUCAAGAGAGAGCUAUUCGGUCAUGUUCAUCUUCUACCUGAAGAAGACGAACACCACAAGCCUAUACAAGCGACCGUAAGCUAUCUUCACAGACUCGAUGAGGAUAGUCUACAAAUCGACAAUUCGGAUGGGAGAGUCUUACGGAGUCGAAAAAUCCUAGAUAGGGACGUGUCACCGCGAGCUCGCAAAUGCGGUGCUUGUAAAGCGUCAAAGCGGAAGUGUUCGUUAUUGGUGGGGAAGAAUAACUUGCCACCGUGUACACGGUGCCAUGAGAGAAAGCUCGAGUGUGUUGUGGACAAUGUAGUCCAACAGUCUCUAGAAAAUUCUCAUGUCCCUGUCACCAUAGGACUACCCCCAACGACUCCAGCCCCUCCGGCCCCUCCGGCCCCUCCGGCAACAGCAAGCCAAAUCCUUCGGGCCUUUAUUCCUACACGCCAGGAUCCCUUCACCACAAAUAUUGGAGCCUCUCAGAAGGAUCCGAUCGUCCUAGAUUCGCCUCCUCCCUCUCCAGGAAAAAUCACGACCGGCAGGAUCGUCAAAGUCACCACAUUCUGGGCACAUCCUAUCGAUUUCAAGCACAUCCCUACUCCACAAAUACCAUGCCACUUCUGCGCGGAUUUCCGAUACGGCAUCUUUGGAUAUGGCGAACUUACCGUGGAAGUCAUUCAGUAUCCGAACUCGAACUCUAUAGGGUACGAGGAAACCGGCGAUGGCCAUAGAGCGCAGGGUCACGAAGCUACGCGGAUGUGUGUCAAUUGUGCGUUGAAUCGAAUGUACAUCUCACGAUGCGGAAUCCAUCGCUUCAAGCAGCGCGCCGUCUAUGCGUGUCAACGCUUAGCUGAGUACAGGCGUCAGGUGCUUGCUGAACCGUGGGAACCUCCGCUCAAAGCUGGCGUAUGCCUAACGUGCUCCCUUUGCUCGAACGCUGCGCUCUGGCGGUGCUGCUCCAUGCAGCGAUUCGACAAGUUCGGGAGAGCCUUGUCCGCAGAAGAUGGACACGACAGGGGAUGUGGACUGAUUCUCUGUGAUUUAUGCUAUGCCAACGUCGCUCCAGACGGGGUAUUGAGACGCCCAAUCCGGGGAUCUUCGCGAGCUGAUAUAGAGUUCCUUUUCUCAGGGAGUUUGGUCCACAAGGCUUAUGGUGAGUGA